GGGAUCUCGUGGGAAGCUCGAAAGUUCCUUCACUACGACUUGUCGGAUCAGUAGCUUACAUCUACCGCCCGCCAGUAUGCAGGAAGGCGGGACCGAGGCGCUAGCAGCACCGGAGGUGAACUCCAAAUAGACAAUUGAAGGAGGAGGAAUGCGAACGCUCUCUGGUUUUCUGGUCGGAUCUUCACCGCGCGUGUAAGAGGAUACACAGUGGGGUGGAGGCGCCACGAAGGUUGGAGAAGGGGUAUUAGACGGGUAAUUGCUAGCAAGCGUAACCAUGGCAGUCGCUGCAACUCGUGCGUACGUUUUGUUACAGUCAGCAGCGGCGGCGGCGGCAGUGUCGGAUGGCCUGCAGACCUGUUCGGUCCCCGCAAGCAGGCAGAUCUCGUCGUGCCAGACUGCCACGUGUCAUGGACUAAUUGGACGACAGGAAUGGCGUUCCUCGCGCUUCGGGGCCCUUCGCGCCGUCUCUGGUGUCCCGCGCUGUCCUUCUGUUUUCUUGGCGGGAGAACAGCUGUCGAGCGCGUCGGGAGCGGGGUUGGAAGCUUGCCCGUUCCUGCGGAAGCGGGGAAAUGCCCAGCGAACAAACAGGCAGCUCCCACGCGUUCGGAUGGAGGCGAGCACGACAGCGACGGGCGCGGAGCCCGCUCCUACCUCCUUGGGUGAAGAAGAGUCUCAGCCGCCAUCUCUCGAGCAAGACUUGUCGCCAUCGCCGGCCUCAGAUGGGAGCACCUUCAGCAAGCGUAGCGAUGCCAGCAUCAGAGACGAAGCUCGGCAAAGAGAUCUCCACGAAGAAGGCAACAAGUUUCAUGCGAAAUACAUCCCGUUUUCUCCUGGGAGGGCGACAGAGGAGGAUUAUUCUUUGGAUGAGGUCAUCUACCGGAGCAAAUACGGUUCAUUGCUUGAUGUGCAGCAUGAUAUGGAGGCACUGGGGCGGUAUGAUGCUCAGUAUUGGAAAGACCUGUUUGAUUCGCGCGUUGGAAAGAGCCACUGGCCGUAUGGUUCAGGUGUAUGGAGCAAGAAGGAAUGGGUCUUGCCGGAGAUCGACAAUGAUGACAUUGUCAGCAUGUUUGAAGGAAAUUCCAAUCUGUUCUGGGCAGAGCGUUUUGGGAAGGAGGUCUUAGGAAUGAACGACUUGUGGGUGAAGCAGUGUGGGAACAGUCACACAGGCUCUUUCAAGGAUCUCGGAAUGACUGUGCUGGUCAGUCAAGUGAACCGACUUCGAAAGAUGAAGAAACCCUUAGUUGGUGUUGGCUGUGCUUCCACGGGCGAUACGUCAGCUGCGCUGUCAGCAUACUGCGCAGCUGCAGGAAUCCCUGCAAUUGUCUUCUUGCCUGCAAACAAGAUCUCUAUCGCGCAGCUGGUUCAACCGAUUGCAAAUGGUGCACUUGUGUUGAGCAUUGACACAGAUUUUGAUGGCUGCAUGCGACUUAUUCGUGAAGUGACUGCAGAGCUGCCAAUCUACCUGGCAAACUCUCUGAACAGCCUGCGGCUGGAAGGUCAGAAGACAGCUGCCAUCGAGAUCUGCCAACAGUUCAAUUGGGAUGUCCCCGAUUGGGUGAUUGUUCCAGGAGCAUCAGGACCAUAUGUUGUGUUUGAUGAUGAAAUGGUAGAGAAAUUACCCCUCGACGAGUUUGAAGGAGGAGUUAAUGGCGAUAAUGAGUCUGGAAAGGGUGGCGUCAUUGUCGUAAUGGCCAACAAGGGAGGCUAGAGUCGGUGGAAGAAGAAGAGGAGGCCUCACUCGUUCCCUGAGCAUCCCGGCAUAGCGUUCGGGAAGCCGUGGGAGAAAUGAAUAUGACACGUGAGG